AUGUCGUCCCCAGCGAAGAUGAUGCGCCGAAAGAAGAACGUCAAGAAGGGAAUUCAGUUCUGCUUGAUGGUCUGCGGUGCUUCAGGAACAGGAAGAACAACUUUCGUCAACACUCUCUGCAGCAAGAGUGUGUUGACCCACAAAGAUUCUGACGAUGCUACUGCUGCUCACGUCGAGGAUGGUGUCAAGAUCAAGCCUAUCACUGUUGAGCUCGAAUUGGACGAAGAGGGCACCCGUAUUUCGUUGACCAUUGUUGAUACCCCGGGUUUUGGUGACCAAAUUGACAAUGAAGCAAGCUUCUCAGAGAUUGUUGGAUAUCUCGAGAGACAAUAUGACGACAUCUUGGCCGAGGAGUCGCGUAUCAAGCGAAACCCCAGAUUCAGGGACAACAGAGUACAUGCUAUGCUAUACUUUAUUACUCCCACUGGUCAUGGUCUCCGUGAACUCGACAUCGAACUGAUGAAGCGCCUUGCUCCUCGUGUCAACGUCAUCCCCGUUAUUGGCCGUGCCGAUUCGCUGACCCCCGCCGAGCUGGCCGAGUCGAAGAAGCUUGUUAUGGAGGACAUUGAGCACUACCGAAUCCCCGUGUACAAUUUCCCCUACGAUAUCGAAGAGGAUGACGAGGAUACCGUUGAAGAGAACGCCGAGCUCAGAGGUCUGAUGCCCUUUGCCAUAGUCGGCUCCGAGGAUGUUAUCGAGAUUGGCGGCCGUAAAGUCCGAGCCCGGCAAUAUCCCUGGGGUGUUGUUGAGGUUGACAACCCUCGUCACUCCGACUUCCUAGCCAUUCGAUCAGCUCUCCUUCACAGCCAUCUCGCCGAUCUGAAGGAGAUUACCCACGAUUUCCUAUACGAGAAUUACCGUACUGAGAAACUCAGCAAGAGCGUUGAGGGUGGUGCUGGAGUUGACUCUUCCAUGAACCCUGAGGAUUUAGCUUCCCAGUCUGUCCGUCUAAAGGAAGAGCAACUUCGCCGAGAAGAGGAGAAGCUCCGCGAAAUCGAGGUCAAGGUUCAGCGUGAGAUCAACGAAAAACGACAGGAACUUUUAGCUCGCGAGUCCCAACUACGCGAAAUCGAGGCGAGAAUGGCACGAGAGGCCGCUGCCGCCGCAGGCACACCGGAGGCGAAUGGCGAACAGGAAGCCAACUAA